AUGGCCCUAAGCCUGACUGUCAGCUAUGUAGAACCAAAACCAAACAAUCAUAGUGUUGAACAAAUUAUGAGUGAAGCUUACCUGUUAGUGUGGGCCACAGAUAUCCCUGGGAAAUCAAAGCAGGCAGCCCCAGUAGUUAUAGAAUUAAAAUCAGGAGUAAAACCAGUACACAGAAAACAAUACCCAUUAAGGUUAGAAGACAGGAAGGGAAUUGAAUCUAUAAUAGAAAAAUUUUUAGAAUUGGAAUUAUUAAUAGAAUGCGAAUCAGAAUACAAUACACCAAUUUUACCAAUUAAGAAGCCAAAUGGAACCUACAGACUGGUACAGGAUUUAAGAGCAGUAAACGAAAUCGCAAAAACCCUGCAUCCAAUGGUAGCCAACCCUUAUACACUCCUGACCAGAUUGAAGAAUAACCUAACUUGGUUUACAGUGUUAGACUUGAAGGAUGCAUUCUUCUGCCUUGCCUUAGCCCCAGAGAGCCAGAAAAUUUUUGCCUUUGAAUGGGAGUCUGUCAGCAGAGGUAGAAAAACACAGUUGACUUGGACGGUCUUACCUCAAGGUUACAAAAAUAGUCCCACAAUAUUUGGAAAUCAAUUAUCUAAGGAAUUGGAACAAUGGGAACGGCCACAGGGAGAGGGCGUUCUUCUACAAUAUGUUGAUGAUUUACUCAUAACAACUCAAACUGAGGAAAAAUGUAUAGAAUGGACAAUUUCAUUGUUGAAUUUCUUGGGACUAAAUGGAUAUCGAGUCUCUCAGCAGAAAGCCCAGUUGGUACAAGAAAAGGUGGGGUACCUGGGAUACGAAAUCUCCGGAGGACAGUGAUCUCUGGGAAUGGAGAGAAAAGAAGCCAUCUGCCAGAUGCCCAGGCCAGAAACGGUGAGAGACCUGCGAGCCUUUCUGGGAAUGACAGACUGGUGUCGUUUAUGGAUAUACCAGUAUGGAAUACUUGCAAAACCCCUGUACGAACUGAUAAAAGAAACCAAAGGUGUCCUAGUCUGGACACCGGAAGCAGAAACAGCCUUUAAGACACUGAAACAGGAAUUGAUGAAUGCCCCAGCAUUAGACCUGCCAGAUGUAACAAAACCAUUCUGGCUAUUCUCACAUGAACGGGAGGGAAUGGCUUUGGGCGUCCUGGCUCAACAACUUGGACCUUACAAAAGAACCGUAGCUUACUUCUAUAAACAGUUAGAUGAAGUAAGCAGGGGAUGGUCUACCUGUCUGAGGUCAGUAGUUGCAGUGAUAAUGAACAUAGAAGAAGCCAGAAAAAUUACGAUGGGCCAGAAAAUGACUGUUCUAGUAUCCCAUACUGUGUCAGCAGUACUGGAACAGAAGGGUGGCCAUUGGUUGUCACCUUCCAGGUUCCUGAAAUAUCAGGCAAUCUUAGCUGAAUCAGACGAUAUAACCAUUCAGAUAACUAACGUUGUGAACCCAGCUUCAUUCCUAGAAGGAAGAAUGUCAGCAGAGCCCGUUGAACAUGACUGCCUAGAAACCAUCGAAGCUGUGUAUUCCAGCCAUCCGGACCUUAGAGAAGAGCCGCUUGAAGAUGCAGAAGACUGGUUCACAGAUGGCAGCAGUUUCAUGAGACAAGGAGUGAGGAUGACAGGUUAUGCUGUAACCACAACAAAACAGGUAAUCGAAUCAAACCCUUUGCCUGCAGGAAGCUCAGCACAAAUAGAACUGAUAGCUCUUACCCGAGCUCUUGAACUAGCAGAAGGACAGCGAAUCAACAUUUGGACAGAUUCUAAAUAUACCUUCUCCAUUGUACAUGCACAUGGAGCAAUCUGGAAGGAGAGAGGACUGCUGACGACCCAAGGGAAAGUUAUAAAACAUGCUGAGGAAAUCCUACAGUUGGUGGAAGCCGUCCAACUCCCAAAUCAAGUGGCCAUAAUACACUGCAAGGGACACCUGAAAGGUAACACCGUUCCAGAAAUAGGGGAAGGCUAUGGAUGUGUCUACCUGGACUUCAGCAAAGCCUAUGACACCACCUCCCACGACAUACUCCUGGAAAAGUUGCCAGCCUAUGGCUCGGACAGGUGCACUCUCCACUGGGUUAAGAACUGGCCGGAUGGCUGGGCCCAGAGAGUGGUGGGGAACGGUGUUGCAUUCAGUUCACAGCCAGUGACUAGUGGUGUCCCCCAGGGAUCAGUGAUGGGCCCAGUCCCAUUCAAUAUCUUUUUUGAUGAUCUGGAUGAGGGGAUCAAGUCUACCCUUAGCGAAUUUGCAGAUGACACCAAGGUGGAAGGAAGUGUAGAUCAGCUGGAAGGCAGGAGGGCUCUGCAGAGGGACCUGGAUAGGUUGGAUAGAUGGGCCAAAUCCAAUGGUAUGAGGUUCAACAAGACCAAGUACCAGAUCCUGCACUUGGACCACAACAACCCCAUGGAUCACUACAGGUUGAAGAACAGAGAAUGGAGAUUGACUGUGGACUAUCAUGGCCUGAAUGAAGCCACCCUACCACUGAGUGCCGCUGUUCCAGACAUGUUGGAGCUCCAGUAUGAGCUGGAGUCUAAGGCAGAGAGGUGGUACCCCACUAUUGACAUCGCAAAUGCGUUCUUCUCCAUUCCCUUGGCAGCAGACUGCAGGACGCAGUUUGCUUUCAGUAGCAUCUGGGCUACAGAUAUAUGGCAAGACAUUGCUACACGGGGAGAGAAGCUGAUUGUGAGAGUCUGCCACGUAGACGCCCAUGUGCCCAAAAAUCGAACCAAUGAAGAGCAUCGCAACAAUGAACAGGCAGACUGA